CACAUUUAUUUCCUCAGUUUAAACCCCUGGGGCUAUGCACAGUUUCAAGCCAUGAGGCUGGCUGUUGAGGAAAUCAACAAUUCUUCCACUUUGCUCCCCAACGUCACCUUGGGAUACCACAUAUGGGACACCUGUCAAGAAAGCCUUUACCUUCAAGCCGCCUUCCAGCUCUCCCCACACCAGUGGUGCCACUCGCACCAAGGAGGCUGUUCCCAGAGAGUCAUCGGUGUGUUGGGUCCCGACUCACCCGAAAUGACGCAGCUGACAGCGAGAGUCUUCACCUUCUACGGCCUCCCGCAGGUCACGUACAGUAUCAAGGAAGAGACCUUUGCUGACAAGAAGCUCUUUCCGCUACUUUUCCGUAUGAUCCCUAGCAAUGACCACCAGAUCUCGGGGCUCAUCUCCUUGAUCGCGGCCUUUGGCUGGGAGUACGUCUCCGCUGUGGGCAGCGGCACCAAAGCCAGCGAGAAAACAGUCCAGGCUUUGAUUGCCGAGGGAGCAGCCAAGAACAUCUGCAUUUCCUACCAGGGGCUGAUGACGGCUGACCUCCGCAUCUCGGAGAGCCAGCUGCAGAGGGUGAUUGAGAACAUAGAGAAAGCCAGAACCAACGUCGUCGUCGUCCUCAGCGAUGACGUCAUCGCCGGGAAGUUCUUCCGCGCUGUCACCAAACUGAAGAUCAAAGGCAAAGUCUGGAUCGCGCCCGAGUCCUGGAUCUUAACCGACACGAUUGUUUCCAUACCGAACAUCGAGGAAACAGGCACCGUGCUUGGACUCACCAUCAAGCCAGUCAAACUGCCUCAAUUUGUACACUUUGUUGGGAAAACGCUACAGCGCUCCCCGUCAAACAAGACGGAUGGCCCUUUGCUCUCUGAGGCCCCGACGGUGGAGGCUUGCUCCCAGUCCUGCGAUGAGAACCACCUGCUCUCCCCAGACACUUUGGCCGACAUUUUGAACAGUUCCAUUUGGCACUGGUCAUUCUAUUCGUACGCUUCCAUCUAUGUCCUGGCCGAGGCCCUCCACAAGCACCUGGGGUGCAACCUGGAAGGGUGUCCAGCAAGCAAGCAGUUCAAGCCACGGCAGUUUUUUAAGGCAUUGUACAAGGUGAACUUUCCGCUGCAAGACAACACCAUCACAUUUGGCCAACAGGGAGAUCUGUUCCUGGGCUACAACGUCAUCACCUGGAGUUGGGAAAAUGGCACGGCUGCUUUCAAGACGAUCGGCAGCUACACUUCCCAAGCCCUGAAUAUCAACAAGUCUGAAAUCCGUUGGCCAGCACCAGGGGAUCAGGUCCCCAAAUCAUAUUGCAUAGCAGUGUGUGAAGUGGGUCAAAUCCGAAGCAAGCGAUUGCUGGAGGAGUGUUUAUGUCGCUGUGACGACUGCCUGGAAGGGACCUAUCAAAACGAAACAGGUAGAGACACUUGCUUCCCGUGCCCCCCGGGGAUGUGGUCCCCUCAGAAGAGCAGCACCUGCUUCCACCCACGCAUCACGUAUCUCGACAUCACCAACACCACCAUCUUGGCCCUGGUGAUCCUGACCGCCACCGACUUCUUCCUGCUCUUCAGCUGCUUGCUGGUUUUUGCCCUCCACCGGCAAACGCCGGUGGUCAAAGCGGCCGGGGGCAAGCUGGCUUUCGUCAUGCUGGCCUCGCUGCUGGCUUCCUGCACCACCACCAGCCUGUUCGUCGGGGAGCCCACCGACGUCACCUGCCUGAUCCGGCAGCCCUUGUUCGCCGUCAGCUUCACCGUGUGCGUCUCCUGCCUCCUGGUCCGCUCCUUCCAGAUCAUCUUCAUCUUCAAAAUGGCCUGCAAGCUGCCCCCCGGAGCCGCCAAGUGCUGGGUCAAGUACAAAGGCACCUACGCCUCGGUAGGCCUCAGCUGCGGCCUGCAGGCCCUCCUCUGCCUCCUCUGGCUCCGCUUCUCCCCACCCAGGUUGCAGGAGGAUUUUGUGAGCGAGAGGGAGGUCUUCCUGCGCUGCUCCGAGGGCCACUUCAUGGGGCUAGGAGGGGUGCUGGGCUACAUCACCCUGCUGGGCGGCGCUUGCUUCGCCUUCGCCUUCUGGGGCCGCAACCUGCCCAAGAAUUACAGCGAGGCGAGGCUCCUCACCACCAGCAUGCUGGUCUUCCUCAUGGGCUGGGGCAGCUUCAUGCUCAUCUACAUCACCACCGAAGGGAAGGGCAAGGGGAUCGCCGCCUUGCAGAUGUUCACGGUGCAGACCAGCGUCUACGCCAUCCUCUGCACUUUCUUCCUGCCCAAAUGCUACCUGAUCCUCUUCCGGCCGCAGUUCAACACGGUGGCCCAUUUCCAGACCUGUAUCCAAGCCUACACGGCCACAGUCAGAGACGCUGAGCAGUGAGAAGCCUUCCUUGGGGUGGGGGGA